UGUGUCACAGUCCUGUGAGCCUCAGGGUGUGUUACCUGGCCCGGGCAGAUUCCGCCUGCAUGUCAGCUUUUCUUACCCUGGGAAAAAAAAAUUCUAUGGCAUCUCUGUUAGUCUGCAGGGGUUAGCUCAGAAAGUUUCUUAUUUUAGCUUGCCACACAUUAAUUAGGCGGUGGAGAUCUGAGGAGGGGACAGGUUUACCUCACAGAGGCGGAGGAGUUCUGAAAGGCUUCAUUCAUGAAAGGCUUCAUUGCAGCGGGCUGCUUUUGACUCGGUUAUUCACGAAACAGCUGGGAAGGCAGCAGAAGCAGUGUAAACAUGUCUGAGACCCCCGAGGAGCAGCCGAGUACUGGGGUCUUGGGUCGUAUUGGGAGCUGGUUUUCUCCGUGGAGGGGAAAGGGUCCUAAAAGUCCUUCUGAAAAUGACUCCCCGACUUCCGACCAGGUUUUUAAGUCAGAGGGAGAAGAGGAGGAGAGUGAGGAUUCUCUGAGACGCAAAGCAAGGGGAGAAGAGCAGCUCUCCAGAAACAUUUUCCUCUUUGAAGGCGAGGACGCCACGCAGUCUGCCCGCAGAGUCAGCUCCGUUGUGAGCAGCACUGAGACAGCCGGAGGAGGUCCAAAUGAGGAGGAGUUUGUUGGGUGGAGGAAGGAGAGAACAGGGCAGGGCAAAGACAGGGAGGAGAGCAGCAACGGUACUUCAGAGAGCGGGAAUCCUGAGAGGAAUGCCAGCCAUCUGACACAUCUCUCUUCUCUUCCUGAGCGGGGAGUGUUGUGGGACUCUGACCGAGCCCACGCCCAGCCUCAGGCCCAGAGACAAGCACAGGCCCAGACAGGCAAAAGGCUCCAUGUGUACCUGGAGGAGACCAGCGUGAGUCACUGUGGCAAAGACACACACAGUGCCGGACAGGAAGUGGUCACUAGAAUCAAGACAAGCCUACAGGUUCGACCCAAGGCAAAGUCAACAGAGAGUUUUGAUCCGCCAGACAGCGCAAGUUCAACAAGUACAGAGAACAAAAGGACAAAUGUAACGCCUGCGAUUGGGGCACAGAGUUAUUACAGUGCCCUAGUGGGAGUGUCACUGAAAUCACACAAAGACACACAGUUAGAUCCUGAACCUGAUCAAAAACAAACAGAAGACGACACUAUGGGGCGGAAAAACUCAGCCAAAAGAAGAUUCAGGAAGAAUUCUCAGGGAGAUGGCAGGAACAGCCCUCAGCAGGAACAAAACCCUCCCAGCGCUGUCACAGAGGGAAUCCCUACGUCCGACCAGGCAGUGACCAGCCCUCAGGGCGAAAGUCCAAACACUCACACGGGAGAGUCGUCUCUAAACUCCUCCUCUAGACUCAGCCCCUCCCCUCUGGGCUCACCUGAAGGAGGAGAAGGUAAGACUUCCUGUCCUGAUUCUGUCGCCCAGCUGGAUGAAUUCCAGGACUCAAGCUCCACUGUCACAGCAUCCACUGUGGCGAGUGUGGUGGAUGGAGGCGCAAACAUGGAGGACGACAGUCUUUACAAAGUUGAGAGGAAAACAGAGACGCCGGAGUCCAAACGCAGGAGUCUUAAGGUUUCUCGCAGUGAGGUGAAGUUUUUCCCCAAAAACAUACCUUUGAAGCAAGUUCCAACGGAGGACACGCAGGAUUUUAGGUCAAUGCUUAAGAACACCAAAGAUGAAGCAAAGAAUAAAGCCAAAACAGAGACUGAUUCAAGACAACACAACCUUAAGAAAAUUGAUGAGGAACCUAAGCCAGUCGUUGGCCGGAUCACCGAUAAAAUCAGCCUCUUUGAGGGCCCUACAGUCGGCGUCAGCAAGUCGACCUUUCAAACGCAGAGGAAUGCCGAUGUUUCCCCAGUCAGGAAAGCCACAGAGCAGCUGAAAGCAGAUUUUUCAUUAUCCGACCAGAGGUCAAGAUCGACUGAACGUGAUGACACGCUCAGGUCCAGCUCUGCAUCGCCCGCCAGGGAGAAGCCGAUGACGAUCAAGGAGCGAAUGAAGAACUUCACAGACGCAUCCAAAGCAGGUGAAAGGGCAGAAAAGCCUCAAAAGCCAGUUAUGCCUAGAAUGCAUCAAAAAUCCACUUUAUCUGCUGCAUCAAAGUCACCAGAACUGGACGAUCAGGGUAAACAGGAUACUAAAGAGCAAAAGCAUACAGAUGUAAAAACAGAGAAAACUUCAAAACCAGAAGGACAAGAUACGACUGAUGCAGGGGUAAAGAUUAUCACUCCUAAAGAACGACCAAAUGAGUCCUCAACAAAGGACACAGUGGCCUCAAAAACAGUAGAUCAGGGUUCAAAACCUAAUAGUGUUGAAAAGGCUGCUGCAGCUAAAGGGUCAGGUGACUCUACAGAACUGACCAUCAGCCUCAGCCCACAGCCAAAAGGCAGAACAGGCCCCCGCUCUAAAAGAAAAAAAAGUAAGGAGCCAACCAGUCCAAUGAGCCCAAACAUGGACUACAAACUAGAACACUCUACAACAGAACCAGAGGCCACAACUAUGAAACCAGAACCGGUGGGUGUUACAGAAAGGGCAUCUGCAUCCAAACAACCGGCAGAGGAGGUCAUACCACCAUGUGAUACAGCCGACAAGAAGACACCAGACAAACCGUCUUUGUCUGAUACCCAACAGAAAGCCUUGAAGAAUGAUUCAAAGGACUCAGGCAAACAGAAGAAACAGUCCGAUUCUUCUUUUAAAAAGGAGAAAAUUGACAAACCACUUGAAAGGCAGGGGGGAUUGGCUGAACCGUCUGAAAGCAAAGACAAAUUUGAUACUGAUGCUUGUAGCAGUGAAACAAAGUCUCCUGUUGAUAAGCAGUCUGUUAUUUUACCCCAAAAUGACAAAAAAGCAGGGGGUUUGUUCACCCAGGCCUCCAAGGACAGCAGGGAAAAGACAGCCCCCUCCCCCUCACCUGCAGCAGAAAGACCUAUUAAGAAACCUCCUUUGAAGGAGCAGGAGCCAACCGCUGAACAGCCCAAAUUAAAUAAAGACAUGUCAGUGCCAUCUGAACCAGAGAGGAAAGGAAAAGUAAAGGAACCCAAUCAAGGAGAGGCAGGACAAAAAGCGCAAUCCAAAACCAAGGACAAAGAACUAAUUGAGCAGGCUGAGAGUAAAGAAAGGGACAAAUUAAACAAUUUAGAAAGCAAAAAAACAAAACAGGCUAAGAGUAAAGAAAUUGACAAUAUAGAAAAGGCACAGAGCAAAACCACUAAACAGGGUGGGCGUAAAGAAGUGGAGACAUUAGAAAAGGAAGGGGGCGACAAAUACGAGCAGGCUCAAAGUAAAGAGGUGGGAAUAAAGGGGAGUGAGAAAACAAAUCAGACUAAGAAGAAAGAGGAGGAAAAAACACAGCAGCGCCUGCAGUCAGAUAAAAAUACCACAAAGACAGAGGGUUCCAACGGUGGGAAAGGUUUCCCAGGUACAGAUGGGGCGGCCUUUAGAAAAGAUGAAAGAAAGAAUGUUGAAAGAAAAGAGGAGACACAGCUCAUCAAAAACACAACAAAGCCGAAAACCAACCAACAGGAUUCAGCCUCUGAGUCUUCAGUAAAGACAUCAUCAGACGUCCGAGCUCAAACACAGCAUGACAGGCGGAACAAGUCUACACAAAAAGCUGGCGUUGGCACAAUCACUCUUGCCAAUGAAGCUGCAAGUGGGAUGGACAGUGAUAAAGGGCCGUUGAAGGGAGAGACGGCAACAAAUGUGCAAAAGAAGGCUGCAGAAAGCUCUGGAACAGACAGAGAGUCAGUGUUGACCGCAGCGGAUCCAAAGCCUAAUUUUGUAUCCGUGGAAAAAUCUGAAAACUCACUGGAUGACUCAUGUGCACAUGGUGCUAAUGAUGCUAUGCUCUCCAGCUCAAAGCCUAUUACCAGAGCAAAUACAGCUGAUGAGGAAGUGACUGUAAAAGCCAGCACUGACUCUCCAGCACUGAUUACUGCGCGGGCUGACAACACGGCAGAGGAGGAAAAGUCAGGAGGUAGUGAGAAAAAGAGAAAGGAUGUUACAGAGAAGAGUUCGGGUGUCAAAUCAGUGCCGUCAGAAGUCAAAAUCUCAGGAGAUUUUGCGAAACGUCCUGAGAGAAGCCCACUUAGUGAGGAAUCAGAAAAUACACAAAGCACAAGGGAUAUCACACCACUGAAGGGCGCAGAAAAAACAGCACAGAUGUCCUUGGAUAGCACUGCUUCAAACUCUACAGUCAAUGUGGUAGAGAAGACUGCUGAUAGAACAAUGCAGACACUAAAGAAUGAACUUUCUUCUGUUGCUAGUGGGGAAAUCUCCUCACAUCCACAACCCAAAACUGACAUAAAGCAACCAGUCAAUAGCAAGCCGGGUCAGACCGAAAAAGUACCAACUUCCCCAGAGUCAAAGAAGCUAAUCCAAGACUCAGUCCAGCGUUCACCCAUGAAGAAGCCAGUUCCACGUGGACUAAGCAAAGAUGAUUCAGCAACAGGGCAAGACGCCCCCUCCAGCUGGCUGGAUGUGGACUUUCCAAAGCGGAAACUCAAAGUCUCCAUGGCUAAGCUGACCUCUGCCGGAAGUGAGAGUAACCUUCUGGACGCACCAGAUGACCUAGAUGAUGACGAUUUUGUCGAGAGAAUCAAGAAACUCUGCGCCCCGUUCUCCCUCCCACCACGUAGACACAACCCGUACGGGACACCUCAGCCACCUUUCGCCUUGCCUGCAAUCAAG